AUGCCGUACGAUCUCAAAGGCAGAAACGUGCUUAUCACAGGUGGAUCAGCUGGUCUCGGCGAACUCCUCAGUACGACGUUUGCCAGUGAAGGCGCGAACGUCGCUAUCAAUUACUUCAACCGUAUCGAGCCGGCACAAAAAGUGCAAAAGGCAUGUGAGGCACAUGGUGUCAAAGCUAUUGUAAUCAAAGCGGAUAUGACAUCGACGGCGGAAGCAAAGCGAGCGGUUAGAGAGACAAUCGAGCAGUUGGGUGGGCUGGAUAUUGUGCUCGCUAACGCAGGCUGGACGCGUUUCGCUGAAUGGAAAGACCUCGACUCCAUGAGCGAAGAAGAGUGGGAUAAGUGCUGGAACGCAAAUGUUAAAGUACCCAAGGCAAUACUCUCUGAAGCGAGGGCUACAUUCGAUGCGAAUCCGGAUGGUGGACUUAUGAUUACUACUGGUAGCAUUGCGGGUGUCAGCCAAGGCGGAUCAAGCAUGCCAUACUCGGUUACCAAAGCAGCACAACUUCAGCUGGUCAAAUGUCUGGCAGUCACUGUUGGACCCAAAAUCCGUGUCAAUACGGUCCUCCCGGGCUUACUGCUGACUGAAUGGGGCCUCAAAUAUUCCCAGGAAAAGAUCGAACAGUUGAAGAACCUUGCAGCACUGAAGCAUGAGACAUUCCUGGAUGAUUGUGCUGCUGCGUUCGUGAUGCUGGCAAAGAAUACUAGUAUGACUGGUCAGGGCGUACAGCGAGUGGGAAUGUGCACACCAUGGCUGGAAGCCUUCCCCAACACCGCGAAACCCAUCCUCGAGGAAAUCGACGAAACCCUCAAACUCCCCCUCACCAAGACGAUAGAAUCUGGUACCAAUGCCGAACUCACACGGACCGAGAAUGCGCAGCCGGCCAUCAUGGCAACCUCGAUCCUCAUACUGCGAAUACUGGAGAAGGACUUUGGCUUCAAGACUAGUGAGCGCGUAGACAUCACACUGGGACAUUCACUAGGCGAGUUUGCGGCACUAGUGGCAGGCGGCUACCUCACAUUCCGGGACGCACUAAAGAUGGUACGGAGACGAGCCGAAGUCAUGAGUAAAUGCAGUCAGGAAGCAGUUGCAGAGGAAGGCGGCGAGUUCGGCAUGGUCGCCCUAGUCUGCGAGUCCGAAGAGCACAUGCAAGCACUCAUCAACGGUAUCCAUGAAUUCCUUGCCCUGGGCUCUAAAGCAGACUCCCACGACCAUCUACCAGCCGUCCAACAAGUCUCAAUCGCAAAUCUCAACUCGAAGAACCAAAUCGUCCUCAGCGGCAGCAUCACCCGCAUCAACACCUUGCUCACGAAUUUACGUCAAUUCGGCGGCCACGAUCCACGUCACGUACGCUUAAAAUCCGACGCGCCCUUCCACAGCCUUCUCAUGAAGCCCGCUCAAGAAACCAUGAAACGCAUACUCCACAAAGAAACUGAAGAUGGACGUGACAUCGUUACAUGGCCAGGUAUCAUGCCUUGCAUAUCGAAUGUAUCUGGCAAGCCCUUCCAGGACAAAGAGCAGCUCAAGGAUCUUCUAGCACGUAGCUGUGUAGAAACAGUACAGUGGUGGAAGAGCGUAAAGUAUCUGCACGAGCAAGAGAAGAUUAUGCGUUAUGUGGGCAUUGGUCCGGGGAAAGUGGGCAGAAACCUUGUGGGUAAAGAAGUGGGUAUGAAGGGCUCCGUCAAAGGAGGCGGUGUCUGGGGUAUUACGAGUCCGAAGGAGAUGGAGGAAGUGGUUAGGGCAUUGGAUGACACCGAGCAUGUUGAAGUGGAUUGA